UUUCUCCAUUUUAUUUUUCAUUUUAGAGACUCCAAACAGAUUAUCUUUCGGUUUAUAUUAAGAUCAUUACUAAACAGACAAUGGUCUGCAAUAUCAUUUAAUGCAUUUGGUUUAUGUGGGAGCUUGUGUGCGUUCAUCAGAAGAGAAGAAUUAGUGCAUAAAGUUAGUCAUGUUUAUUUACUUAAAUUAGGAUACAAGAAUGAGAGAGAUAAACACCUACAAGCCAAUAUUAAACAAAGUUUGAGAAGCAACCCAGUAAAUGCAUGACUGUUUUAGAUAAACGGUUCAAAGUCUGUACCUAGUUCAGUGUUAACGACUUUCUUAGCUGUUUCUGAACAAAGUCAAGAUUAUAUAGCAUAACAAAUGACAACAUAAAAGUGAACUACAUUAAAAGUUCCCCAACUACAAGUUGGUGGUUAAACACUCAGCAUGAACAUUUCCACCAUAACAAGUCCUCAAAGCUAUACAAAGAAGAUACAGCUCACCAGACACUGCCGUUUUGAAUAAGCCGGGGACACGACAAUGAAUGGCGAAUGAAAAAUGGCAAAAGACAAUUUAUAGGGGUCAAACAAAACUGAAGUAAAAUACAUUAGUUAAAAAGCUUACAAGGAUACGACCACCCACGUUAUCCCUCUAUCACGAACUUUAUUUUGCGCAGUGGGAAUUCCCAAAAGGCAGCAAACAUCAACAUAGCCUCCCUUAUACGUGUGGGUGUGUGCGCCAGUCAGCAAAAUAAGACAGACUAUUACUAACAUUUUCAUUUAUUCUUCCUCAAAGUGGCAUACCAACCACUGACACAAAUAUACUGUAUAAAAAAUCAACACAGAACCAAAACAUGCGUCAUCAGCCCAUAUAGCUCCUUAUGUUUGCUUUACAAAUGCGAACUUAUGAGUGGUAAAUUAAACCCAGUCGAUGGUGGUGGAUGCAUACGACUACUGCCAUGAUACAGAACUAGAACAAUCACUUCAAGACGUUCAAGAGUACACACUCCAUUCAGAUAGUGAUGGGGAGGGGAGCAAAUGCACCCCCGUCACCAGCUCCUUAACAACCGCCACAAACUAGUCCAACAAAGUUUUGUCGCUUCUUUGACUUUACUAGGUUCAGAAAUUCACGCUAAUUCAGAAUACGUUCCAGCAUGACCAUACUCCCGACUGAGAAGUGCUCAUACCAGCUAUACUUUUUCUUCCCUCAGUUACUCCGUCUUCAUCCAUUGUUAGCAUUUCUAAAUCCACACAACUCGUGAACAGAUUUCAGUAUCUAAUACGUCGCAGCAAAACGACUUUAUCAAAAUCUAUUUUACACCACAAACAAAUAUCAGCAAUUCAUACUACACUCGUGUUACUGGAGAAAAAACACACGUUCCCAUGUUUGCGCGUGCUCAGUAUACAGAACGUGCGCUGCAGCUGAGUCACCAUAUCCGCUAGUUGCGUUCCUAUGUGCCCGACUAUCUUCCUACCCGAAACAGUUUGCCACUCGGGUUCCGGGUCGGCAAAAUCUCGUCAUUCCGUGUCUGCGACUUCUCCAGCCGGACCAGGCCACGUUCCUGCACCACUUUCCAGGCCAGCUGAGGAGAUGCAUAUAUAUUCGGGUCAUCGCCCUACACCACUUUCAGCGACGCUGGAAUUGUAAGAAAAGAAGAUGAAACCUAUGAGAAGACCUGCAGCAUUGUCCAGCAGCAAAUCUCCAACCACACGAGCAAAAAGCACAAAACGGAAAUUUGAAGAAGUGCAACAGGAAGAAGAGGACAGGAGUCAAGAGCAGUGUUGUACAGUGCCAAGAAAGUCAGAAGAAGGAGAUAUGGAAGUAAAUGUAAGAGAGCAGACAGAUGUCAAGAAUGUUGCAGAUGUUGGAGAACAGGAAAUGCAGAUUAAAGACUGUGGUGUCAGAGCACAGGGGGUAAAAUGUACAGACUACGAUGUCCAAGGCAAAUCAGGAGAGACAGAAGCCAAAGGACAAGUUGAAGACAGUGAACCAACAACAUUCCUACGGCAUACUGAUGGUAGUUCUGAAAGACUGCAAAACAUGGAUACUGAUGUAAUUAAAGCAGAGGCCCCAUCAAAUAGGAAAACGGCCACAUUUAAAGCAAGAGCACCAAAAAAAUAUGUGGAAGAUCAAGUGAACCAAGAGGUACGAGAAGACUCCUGUAGUAAUAGCAGUGAGGGUUCUGGAUUGUGCAGCUCUGUCUUUACCACACAAGAUGUUGGCCAAGGGUCUGGGGCAGCCAUUGUGGAGGAUAACUGCCCCUCUGCUCAGUCCUCCUCCACAGAUACGGCCAGUGAACAUUCAGCAGACUUUGAUGAUGAUGGUGAAAAAGUCAAAGUAGAGUUGGAAUUACCUCUAGGGUUGGUGCAGAGACCUCUGUUGGUUACAGACUAUGAUAUACAUCAGCUGAAGUUUAAGCAGGUACUAGCAAAACGAGAUGGACUAUUCCUACAAGGGACAGUGAAGCAGAUCCGCAGGAACCAGGAUCUUGGAAUUCUCUUUAAUGGCGAAAAGACAAUCGUGUAUUACAACAAUGUUCUAAACAGUGAUGAAGUAAACAUUAUCUUAGAUGUUGCACCAUCUCCCAGUCUGGUCACAGUGGGUACUCCUGUUUGCACAUGCAUAAAUCAGGAAGAAACUGCCUACCGAGAAGGUAUGGUGGUUGAAGUUAAUCAAAAGUCUGUAUCUUAUAAAGUCAGAUUUGGUAAGAUGCAGAUGGAGGCUACAAGGAAAGAGAAGGAAUCUGUAUGGGUAGCACGGUCUGGGUUGAGACUCCUUCGUUCCCCUUGGUACAGAGAGCCAGAACAGCUAGUUAAAACACUGAAAAAUUUAGGAGAGAAGAAAAGGCCAUCUAGCACUUUACUACCUGUCCGUACACCUGAGAGCAUUAUAAUUCCACUAGCAGAAGAGUCUCUUAGCAUUCCAAGCAGUGUUGUUCUUGAACAGAAACAGCCAGAAGAUGUGGAAGUUUGUAAAAUCAGUUUUAGUAUGCCACCAAUUGAGGAGAAAGUGGCCACCCCACAACAGAUACUGUCUCCCCCAAAGUCACCUGCAUUUAUGGCAGCUUGUUUGCCUAUGAGUAGACUUCCAGAGCAGCCAUCACCACUUCUUAGUCAUGAUGCCAGCAGUCGAAGCAGCAGUGUCUCACUGGACAAGUGCAGCACACCAGGUUCAAGGUCGAGAACACCUCUAACUGCAGCUCAACAGAAGUAUAAAAAGGGUGAUGUUGUGUGCACUCCUAAUGGAAUUCGGAAGAAGUUUAAUGGCAAACAGUGGAGAAGGUUGUGCUCACGGGAUGGCUGCAUGAAAGAAUCUCAGAGGCGAGGCUAUUGCUCAAGGCAUCUCUCCAUGCGCACCAAAGAAAUGGAAAGCAUGUCUGAUGGCAGAGGGAGUGCAUUGCGAGAUGGGAGCACAGAAUUUGACUGGGAUGAUACAUCUAGAGAUAGUGAGGCAAGCAGCAUCAGAACAGAAUCUCGUACCCGAAUGCCAGUACCAGGGGCUGACUUAUCCCGCUUUGAUGUGGAUGAGUGUGAAGCAGCUAAUAUGUUAGUGUCCCUUGGCAGUUCAAGGUCAGGGACUCCCUCUUUCUCCCCAGUGUCUAAUCAGUCUCCAUUCUCUCCAACCCAGUCACCAUCACCAUCACCUCUUUUUGGGUUUAGGCCAGCCAAUUUUAGCCCAAUUAAUGCUUCUCCUGUGAUUCAGAGAUCUGUGGGACGUAAUCGUCACUUAAGUGCCAGUACGCCAAAAGGUGUUUUAACCCCAGAGAUGGUGCAUCACUCACACUCUCGUGAGCGUCAUUCUUCAGGGAUUUUACCCACCUUCCAAACCAAUCUCACUUUCACUGUACCCAUGAGUCCUAGCAAGCGCAAGCCUGAAUCACACCAUGGAAGCAACAGUUCAGCUGCUGAUUUUCAAAAAAGCGAUAGCAUGGAUUCAGGGGUAGAAUCUGUGUCACACACCCCAACACCUUCCACCCCAGCUGGAUACAGAGCUAUGUCACCAGCUGCUCAGUUCUGCCAUUCUCAGCAGGCUUCUCCUCUUCUCUUACUGUCUCCACCAGCCACUAUAACAUCAGAUCCCAGUCCAUCAAUCAGACGUGUUCCUGCUGUGCAGAGAGACUCACCAGUUAUUGUUCGUAACCCAGAUGUGCCUCUGCCAUCAAAUUUCACAGAAAAGCCUUUGGACAUGGGUAGUAGAGGUGGCAGUCCCCGGACAGUGAAAGGAGGGGUCAAAGAUCAUUCUUCUAAGACACAGCUGCAAAUGCCUGUCCCAAUAAAUGUUGCCCAGAUCAAGAAUGUAGUUAGAACCACCACUUCAAGUCAGCAAAGUGGUGUCUUGUUGGGAGACUCAUCCUCGGCAUCGACAACAGCAUCGGGUGCAGUUGACCAGAACCUGUCAGUGGCAACAUUACCAUUGCAGCCAGUUGCUUUCCAUCCAUCUCCUGCAGCACUACUACCUGUUAUUGUACCCACUGCUUACUCCACCCAUCCUGCUCCUAAGAAGGAGAUCAUCAUGGGACGGCCAGGAACAGUUUGGACAAAUGUAGAGCCUCGAUCAGUAUCCGUCUUUCCAUGGCAUUCACUAGUUCCAUUUCUGGCACCAAGUCAUCCCGAUUCAUCUGUUCAGCCUUCAGAAGGCCAGCAGCCUGUUACUCAUCUAGCAUCAUCCAGUGAAAGCAAAGAGCCUUCUGAGUCUGCAUCAGUUGCACAUAGACACGUAGAUGAGUCCAGUGACUCAAUAAGACCACUGAGUUGUCCAGCAAGCCCAGGACCAGUGAGGCCAUUGGAAAGAGAGUCACCAAAACCCCAGCGUCCUGAUGAUGAUCCCCAAGGAUCUUCUGAGCAGAGGAUUGACAGUGAGACAGAAAGUGACCAUGAUGAUGCGGUCUUCACAGGAAAUAACUCUGAUCUUCAACCCUCACUGCCUCCAGGAAAGCGUCGUACUCAGUCUCUCAGUGCACUGCCAAAGGACAGAGAUUCCUCCUCAGAAAAGGAUGGGAGGAGCCCAAAUAAGAAAGAUCACAUCCGCCGUCCCAUGAAUGCAUUCAUGAUAUUCAGUAAGAGGCAUCGAGCACUUGUCCAUCAACGCCACCCAAAUCAGGACAACCGAACUGUCAGUAAGAUCCUCGGAGAAUGGUGGUAUGCUCUGGGACCCAAGGAGAAGCAGAAGUAUCAUGACCUUGCAUUCCAGGUAAAGGAAGCACAUUUUAAAGCACAUCCUGACUGGAAGUGGUGCAACAAAGACAGAAAAAAGUCAAGUUCUGAUGCUAAGCCUAUGAUUGCUGGACCAGGUGGGCUGCCUAAAGAAAUGAGGGAGAGGAGUAUGUCUGAAACUGGGACAACAGCAGCAGCAGGAGUAUCUUCUGAUCUGAUGCAGGCCACACAUGUUCUCCUUGGUACAGACACUAAACUAAGCUUACAGUCUACAAGCUACUGUUCUACAGAGGGUCUCUCUCAUAGUGCAUCCUCCUCAGGUCAGCUGACACGUCCACGCGCCUUCUCACACAGUGCAGUGCUCAGCAUGGAGAAAAUGGAGAGAGAGAACCAGGGUCUGUUGGAUCUUACCCAGCUGUGUUCUGGUCAACUCCGGUACUCAAGUCCCAAACCGCAGCAUCUGCCGCAAGUAAUGUCUCCAUUUGCCACUCCCUCUGGUGAUCCAGGACGUCCUUCUCUCUUACCACAACGUUCCUUUCGAUCCCAGCGUACAACCAGUGAGGACAUGACAAGUGAUGAAGAGAGGAUGGUGAUUUGUGAAGAGGAGGGGGACGAUGAUGUCAUAGAUGACAGUUUUGGCGUUGAUGACAUUGAUUUGAAAUGCAAAGAGAGAGUCACGGACAGCGACAGUGAGGGGCACUCAGGGGAUGACUCAGAGAGUAAGGAUCUGUCUCAGAAAACAUUUUCUCCUAUCAUCCGCUCCUCUCCACACCCUGCAAACUAUGCUCGCUGUCGAACUCCAGUUGAAUUAAAACCUGAUAAAUCACAGUCACUUGGAAACGAUUUUAACCCACUGGAGGCCAGUAUUCCACAGAACAUAAAUGUGAGUGGUCACAGUCAUGAACAGCAGUUGUCCAAAUCUUAUGGGUCAUUCCCUCUGCCACAAGGUGGCUUCAAAGGACAUGAUGUGAAACCACGGACUGAGCCAGUAACGAUGAUUAGACCACAUAGUUCACAAACCAGACGGGCAGAUGUGCGCUUUAAUAUUAUGGACCCUGGCUCACAGUUUGAGAAAAAGAAAAAAACAAGGACAGAAAGUUCAAAUCCAAAGACACUGUCAGAGGCAUUGGAAAGUGGAAGCAUGGCACAGCUGACAACCCAUUCACAUAUUUCAUCUGUGAGCAUGCAAACAUCAACAAGUGGAAUUCAUUCUCCUUUAGCAAAAGCCUGUGAAAGGACAGCGACUCAUAUUCUCCCUGUGGGUGCUGAACGAACAACAGAUUGUGCUUCAGCUUCUACCCUGGUGUCCCAGUUAUCAAGAGCCCCAACACUAUCUCUCGGAACCAUGUUGGUCACAAAGCCCUCUGUGUUAGGCCCAAACAGUGGAGUCAUAGGUCAUAGUGGUUCACCAGGGAUGUUGCGUAUGGCUUCCACUGUGGUGACCAGUGUGGUGAAGCCAGUCAGUAGCACACCAGUUCCAAUUGCAAGCAAGCCAUUCCCUUCAAACCCAGGAGGAAUUAGUCGCUGUGGGAACACUGAACUUGGUGUGGCUUCUAAAGUUGUUGGCCCCCUAGAUCUGCAUCAGCAGUUUUCUGCGCUUGGAGGUGGAGUAACUGGAAGUACAAGUAGGAUAGAUGGUAUUCCACACACAUGUGCAAUCACGUCUACAGUUACAGCUCCAGCUGGAAGGAUUUCUGGCUCCCCUCUGCCCCCGUUGGGAUUUGGUGUUGUCUAUGCCCCAGGAUCAGAUAAAAAGCAUCUUCAGACUGUUGGUUCUCAGGCAUCAUCAUCACAUUUGGUGCCUACCCCCCUUAAUUUAGGGACCCUAACAAAGCAGCCUGCAGCUCAAGGAAGUAUGGUAACCAACUUGUUAGUAGGUGCACAAGCUUAUAGUCAGGCAGGGUCUGCAGGUGGAACUGGGACAGCUUCAGGCACUGUACACUCUCCUGUAACAGUUUUACCUCCUGGGACCCUUACACAACAGCCAUCAGUGCAGUUUAUUACCCAGAAUGCACCAGGAAACCAGAAUGGUGCUAUGUCUCUUGGCAUCAUUCACUCACAGCAGCUCAUCCCCACUGGUACAACAGGUAAGGCCAGUGGUAUCACACAAGUACAAUACAUUUUGCCUACAAUUCCUCAGAACUUGCAGGUUACUGGAGGAAAAAUGUCUGGACAGCCAGGUGCUCCAAGCAUCCAGUUUACAAUUCCUCCAGGUAAUGGAAAAGUCAUCACUGCGGCAACUCACCAGGGGAUCCCUAUUCUCCAACCAGCUACAGCUGCUAGUCCGGCUGUCCCUAUGGUGUCAUCUGCAUCCAAAGCCCAGUCUGCAUCGCCAGUUCAAGCUUUGUCUCCUAUAAAUUCCACACAGCUUCUCGCCAACCAGGUAGUGCAGACAUCAAGCCUCCUUCCUGCUACUAACCAGCUGCAAGGAAAGAUGCUUGUCCCCAUGGCAACAUCUCAUGUCACUGUUCGGACAACCACUCCUGGGCAAAUCCCAUUGGUUACCCCACCUAUUUCUGUACCAGUGCAGAACGGGACUCAGCCUGGCAGUAAGAUUAUUCAGAUUGCACCGAUGCAUGUUGUACAGUCGCAAGUUCCUACCCAGAAUACUUUGGUACAGCCUGCAAGUCCUGCCAUCCAGAAUGCCAUUCCAGUAACUGUGGCAGCAGCAGUGAUGGCAAGUUCCACCCAGUCGCAAAAGGUGUUACUUCCAUCUUCGACAAGGAUCACGUAUGUUCAUUCAGCACCAGGGCCAGGUCUCACAAGUGUGACCACUGCUUCACCCACGCAAGCUACAGCUACUGCUGCCACAUAUGUACAGCCACAGUUAGGAACUGCACCACCAAUGACACUGGGAAUUGCGGCUAUAACCCAGAAUGGGCAGGCUGUUGUACAGCCACUUAUAGCAGGACAAAACCCUUUGUUGACAUCUGGACAGGUUGGGAUGUCUCCAGCACAAAGUCCACAGCUCCCUGCGACCUCCACCAGUCAAGUUAUAACUGCCAUUUAUCCAUCGUCUGUUUCAACUACAGCCUGCUCCACUCACUCUGCAGCACAACAAAACCUGGCAUAUACACUGGCAAACUCCACAAGCUUUGUCUCCACUCCAGCUGCCAUUUUACCAAAAGGGAUUUCCUCAGUGGCUCCAUCAGUCAGUAGUUCUGCAAGCAGUGGAUCACAAUCCGCAGGGACAGUCAUGGGGAUUGUAGGGUCUCCUGCCUUACAGAGCAUGACACCAUCAGCAUAUCAGUCGAACCAGAUGUGUAGUGUGACAGGUUCUUCUUUCAGCCCCAUAUCAUCCAAAUCCAACAAAACAUUACAGAAGCAUCCACAGAAGGUGAAAGCAACCUUAGCCAGCAUCCCAGUGGGAUCAUAUGAGUCACUGCCAGCCUCUGGCAGGAGUGCUGCAAAGCUUCAAACUCCUGGCCGUACUGAAACUGUGGACACUACUACAAAGUUUGCCUUUGAGAUAGAAGGCAGAAGUGGGAUUGCAAACAGAGGAGUUACUGUUUCUGGAGACAGGUUGACACGAGAGACAAAUACAGAAGCCAGUCAGAGUGCUGCAAGUCCAUAUUCCCAAGAGGAGGGGGUGGUUCGAGAAACUGGCAACCAGAAAACACAAACUUCUGCUGCAUCCCUCAAACUGGAUGACAGAAUGUCUCAAGAAAUGUGGCAGAAGUCAACAGGUGCUUCCAUCCCAGAUGAUAGACUUGGAUGGGAUGUCCCUUCUACCUCCUCUUCCUGCUCCUCAACAGAGCAAACUACAACAAAAUCCAUACUUUCCUCAGAGGGUAGGAAUUCUGUUCAGAAAGCUGGGACUUCUACAUCACCAGAUGACAGAUGUCCACGAGACACAGUAUGCACAUCCAUGACCAAGUCAACAGAACUGCCAGUUAAAAAAGAUGGUUUGCCUGGCAGGUAUGCAGGUAAUUCAGACUGGAAAGGGCCAAUGCCAGACUGUAGAUCUGAUGUGCAGAUUACUUCUGUGCCUUCUACCUCUUCCACCUCUUCUUCAUCAUUGUCACCAUCAGUGUCUUCAUCUUUGUCCUCUGCAACCGCAAGCACUGAGGCAGCCAAACCCCAGGGCAGUUCAACUGACACCCCUGAGAAGAAAGAUGGGUCUGUGAAAAAAGUCAAAGUGAGACCCCCACCUCUGAAGAGGACAUUUGAUUCUGUGGACAACAGGGUCCUGUCUGACGUGGAUUUUGAGGAGCGUUUUGCAGAGCUGCCUGAAUUCAAGCCAGAGGAAGUUCUUCCCUCCCCAACCCUACAGUCUUUAGCCACAUCACCUCGUGCCAUCCUGGGCAGUUACAGAAAGAAGCGUAAGAAUUCAACUGAUCUUGACUCAUCAACAGAGGAUACCAUCUCUCCUAAGAGAAAACUGCGUCGACGUUCCAGCUGCAGUUCUGAACCUAACACCCCAAAAAGUGCCAAGUGUGAGGGAGAUAUCUUCACGUUUGAUAAAACAGAUUCUGAUGAUGUCUUAGCAGAGUUGGAAUACGACAAAGUGCCAUAUUCAUCCUUGCGGCGAACACUUGAUCAGCGGCGAGCUCUGGUCAUGCAGCUGUUUACUGAGCAUGGAUUCUUCCCAACGGCUCAAGCUACAGCAGCAUUCCAAGCACGUUACUCAGAUAUAUUUCCAUCAAAGGUCUGUCUUCAGCUGAAGAUUCGGGAAGUUCGACAGAAGAUUAUGCAGGCGGCAAAUCCAGGAGACUUCCCAGCAACUUCAUCUUGUAUUUUAACACCGAGUAGUACAACUGAGCAAGCAGCUUUGUCAGUCGCAGGAAUACAGGUCACAGCGAUGGCCUCUUCACAGCAGGGAAUUGCUGUGACAUCAAACUCUGAGUCACAGUUCAUGGAGAUGCAGCCCCCUUGCUCUCAGGAAUCGAGACAGAGGAGUCGGGAGCAAAUGGAAGGGGGCGAGUCCCCCCUUGCUGUAUCAGGCUCUACUACAGUCCAGACGCCUAGUAAUCCCACUACCAGCAGAUGACUGAACUCCACACUCAUCAAGCACUUGAUCUGAGAUGUUAAAACUGCAUCAUAGCAUUCUGGUGUAGGGGAUGCCAGUAAAGGGGCAUCUUGGAGCAUCGUCCCACCCCUCCUGGCCCUGAACACUGUCUGGUAGGCCACCUCCUCCUCCUCCUCCGACACUCCGAACUGCAGACCUUCAACAGGGUACUUUACUCUUCUGCUUGUAAGCCAGUUUCAGUUCAGUGUUCACAGUGCAGAGGGCCGAAAAAUAAGUGAACAUUUUUUUUAAAGAUUCUGCAAUAAAAAAGCCAUUGAGGAGGAUCAGAGGUUGAAAAGGAGAGAUCUGGGAAUGAAGUCAAAUCCGGAUUUUUUUGUUUUACUGUCACUCACUUAAAGGGGUGAGAAAUUAUUUCAUCGUGAAGUAUUUUUAGGUGUCACCGGAUUGAUUUCAAGCACAGCUCAGUGCCACUUAAUGGGGCAAGAGAGUCUGUAUUAAACCUUUCUUUGGGAGGAAGUGUCCAAAGAGGUCUUGGCGGCAUUGCAAACUGACCAUUCCAGGAAUUUAGCAGGGCAUCUCCCUCUCCACCCCAUCCCAGCAUAGAAGCUGAUAUGCACUUACCUGGACUCAUACACCCUCAGACCCUAGUCAGGGUGGAGGGGGAGGAGGGGUCCUUGAAAUAAAAACACUUGUAAAAUGACUUAUUUUCUUUUAAUAAUUUUAAAUAUUUUGAGAAAAGACUUCUGCUUUUAUGUUUAGAAUAAGUGGGUGCAACUUGUUUUAUGUCUGUUUUACUAAUAUCCCAUUGGGACCGCAAAUCCGAAUGUUGUUAUCAGGUUUCUGGGGUAGUUGUACAUGAAAUUUCUGCCUCAGAUGAAGUACAGAAAACAAAAGGGAAUAUAAAAGUUUCCAUUUCUGUUUAAUUAUUCUACUUUUUCAAGGUUACAGUUAACAUUUUUCUACAUUAAGAGCAGACAAUUAGUUUGUAUUUUUAUCACUGAUCUUCAGCUAGUGAGAAGUAAGAAAUUUAUAUGCAUCAACCUGGGAGGGACACUUUUAAGCUCUGAUACAGAACAUCUAAACUGGUUGUUACUUUUGUUGAUCUUUUGCAGUGUGUCUUAACUUAUGGCAGUUAUUCAACACAAUUGGCAUAUGAAUUGAAUCAGAGGUAUUUUUCAUCACUUGUUUGUCAUCCUUUCCUCCUGCUUUCAAGUCUGCAGGGCUGCAGCCUUGUGAUAGCUGAUCUUGUCCCCAAACUGCAUACUUCCUUAUCCUGUUUUGCCUGUAGCUGUCGUACCACCUUAAACAAGGACUAUAGUUUUGUAAGGCUUGGGUAUGCUGGUUUAUGCCCCAUUUCCCCUCAUAGAAGUCUCAGAGGGUUUAAUCUUUUUUGUUUGUAGCAUCACUUCUGUUUUGCUGUAUUGUAGGAGUAUACAUAACUGUUGUCACUUGUAUGCAUACAACAUCAGAUGCUAGACAUUGUGUUUGAUGUUGUGUUGCUAGCACCCCACCCCACUUUACAGUUAAACACAACUGACUUUAUGUAUCUUUUCACUUGAACUUUUUGUUUGUUCUGUGUCAGGCAGCCAAGUUGGGCCUGUUUCUGCUCAUACUAAACUGGUAUUCAUAUUUCAUUUAAUGCAGAAUAUUUGUUUGCAGUCUGGCUAUACAUUUUAUUACAAGAUCAUUUUAGAAAUCUACAGACACAUGCUUCUUAGGACAGGAGCCAGUCUUUUAUGAUGAGUAAAAGUAAGCAGCGAGAGGUACGUAUUCUGACUAAUGUUCUUUAGGUUAGUAGUGUGGGCUUUUGGUAUGACCACACACAAGUACAUGUUGAGUGUUUUCCCACCCUCAACCUGAGCAGUUAUCAAAGUCUGAAUUCUAGGAGGAACACUAUCAUCUCUCUGUUGAUUUUCAGAGACUAUUGUUGCUUUUAGUACUUAUUCCAGUACCUUUCCAACCUUGCUGGAGAAAACACAGCUAUACACAAGAGAAAAAUAACUUAUUAAUAUUGUCAGACUUUCUUUAGUUUUAAUACUUUACAACUAACAAUGGGCACUGUGCAGAUUGACUGGUUCUGUAAUGUAUUUUAGUUACUUUACUGUAUUAACCUUGUAGAAGGGCAGGUCCAAGGAACCUUUACAGCCAUGACCCAAGCCACAACAGAAACAGUACACACAGUCAAAGAAGAGAUCUCAGUUUUAAUACAGUUAAUCUCAAUACAGGCUAAUGCAUAUCAAGAUGACAUACAUAGACUUCAGUACAUGUUAAUGGCAAAAAUGUACAACAGUAAAGAGAAAGGAACCCAUCAAUGAUCUUGUGAAAACUGUAACACUGAGCAGUAUGGCUAAUAAUAACACAACAGAAAGUAAUGUUAAUAACCACAGUGUUGAGAAAAGGAAAGUUUCUCUGAUGUCACAAUUCAUUUCCCUUCAUAAGAUCCUGCUCCUUUUAAUGUCUCUGAUACAGCGGGUGGUUUCUUGACAGACUUUACCUCAGUUACCUUUUUCUUUAUUACUGUUCCGGAUAAACUGCUUUUUUGGUAUCCUUAGCAGCUGCAUUCUUAGGUUCAUAGGACGAUACUAGGCUAUUGACCCGGAGGCCCUUAUAAGCCUAGCCAAGAAUUUCACCCAUGUUCCCACAAAGUUAGCACCUG